UCUCACUCGGAGUGUUGGAUGAAGUGGCAGUGGACCUACAGUCAAUUAAAAGCAAAUCUGCAAAUGCAUCCUAUUGUUUACCAGCGAUGAAGAUCUUUAUUAGUUGAACUGCGUAUGCUGUCUGUGAACAAUUCCACAGGUAUCGAUUUCAUUCGAUUUCAAUUCAUGCAGCCAAUAGCCUACAUUUUACAACCAAACAGAUUAUUACGCCACGAUAACAAUGUAGCAUUUCUUUACCGUUUUUUGGACAUAUAUCUUAAUUUAUACAUUAAAUAAGCUCCCAUUGUUCAGAGAGUAUGAAAUGAACACCCUCCGUGUCCCGUGGUAAUUUGUGGGUAUUGCGCAGUGGCGGGCGGCGCCGGUGACCUGUUCGUCUUAAAAAUCAACGCCUUUGCGUAGACACAGUUACAUGCGCCUGCAGAAAUAUACAUUUGAUUACAUUUUGGAGAACAGACGAUCCAUCAUUUGAUCAAUGUUUGUGUUCAGAUGUUCAGCGGUUAUGAGCGCGAGCACAUGUAAAGAGUUUUCUCUCUUUCUUCUUUCAAAUGUAGCUGUAUACGUUAGUAUUAUACAAAGCAAAGGACAUGCAAUGAUAUUUGGGCUACAGAUGCCAGAAAUAAUGUUUGUCUCUUCUGUGUUUAUUGCAAAGACAUCUGCAAUAAACUGCAGAUAAUUAUGAUAAUAAUUUAAAUAUCUAUCUAAAUAAUAACAUGCUAUUGUAUUGUUGUAUAUAUUACAAAGUAACUAGCAACUGGCUACUUGAGUAGUUUUUUCACUGAAUACUUUUUUACUCUUACUCAAGUAACUAUUAAGAUUAUUACUUUCACUUUUACUUUGAGGAAAUAUUUCUAUAAGUACUUGUACUUUGAGUACAGUUUUUGGAUACUCUACCCACCUCUGCAAAAAUGUCAUCUAGGAGAAAUCACUUGUUUAAGUAGGCUGGGAACUGCACUAGUCUAGCAUUCCACUGCGAGGCAGUAGAGUGCUCCUUUUCAAUCAUUUCAAUGCUCCAGAUUCAGGCCAGUGGAUCCCAGUCAUUCAUCUGUGCUCUUGGGAAGCUGGAACAACGCUGCGCAUUACGCAGAGGAGCGACACACUGCUAUUACCAAAGUGACCUGCGUGGUUUUCCCCUCUUUUGCCUUUAGUUUGAAAGGACUGCCAUGUCCAAACACAGCAAAGACAACAGUUUACUCUUCAUCUAAAAAACAAUAUUAAAGGAAUGAACCGCGUGCCGUUUGGACAGGUGCAUCCCAGAUCACCACCACCAUCAGAAAAAUUUUCUUACUGACUCUCUGUGAAAAUGGAUUACCAGACGCUGGAUUUCAUGCAAAUUCUGUUUCCAAACUGACUGUGAAGGAGAUCUCUCCAAACUCAACUGACCAUGCACUGGGACAUGAAUCUGUUUAUGUAACUAUGGAUAACUAACCUGCCUGUACACCCAGACUGCUAAACAUGAAACCCCUUUGGAGUCCUCAGUUUGUAAUGGUGAUAUUGAAGUGCGCAAUGGUCAUGUUUCCUGGAUUCCUGCAGGGCGUCACAGAGUCCAGAUGUGUUGGUCGUGCUUGCAGCCCUCCUAUGGGUAACUUGGCCAGUGGCAGGACCCUUUUCACGCUGACUAGCUGCUGCACUAAUAGCUCUUCCUGCUUGGCAACCCAGCCACGCUGUCUAGCAGAGCUUCAUCCUCCUGCCCUCAUGGCCGAUGACCCAUUUAUUCAUCCAGAUACCUGGUGGGGCUCAGCGGCAGCCACUGGAGAAAAGGAAGAAAUCCGUCUUGACUUGGAGACACGGUUCUGCAUGAGUCACGUUGUGAUGUUGUUUCGUUCUCCACGUCCUGCUGCUAUGAGGUUGGAACGCUCACAGGACUUCGGCCAGACCUGGGAGACACUAAAGCUGUUUGCCAGGAACUGCACUGAGAUGUUUGGGCUUCCUGAUGAUGUAAGUCAAGCAGGAGCUGUCUGCACUUCCAGAUAUUCCAACGCGGUACCGUGCAGCCGAGGAGAGAUCAUAUUCCGAUCCAUAGGAUCGAGCAGUGGGAUUGUCGAUCCCUACAGUCCUGAGGCACUGUCCCGUCUGACAGUAACUAACUUACGAAUACAGCUUUUAAAAUCUCAACAGUGUCCCGUCUCGAAGGGGCAGCGAAGCAUCCCGGAACAGUCAAAUCCGCCAUUUUUACCCACAAUUCACAGCAAGAUGCUGGCUUCUCCCACACCAAGUUCUGAUCCCCUGGAUUCAACCCCAUUUGCGGUGUACUCUCUUUUGGCUAAAGGGGCGUGUUUGUGUCAUGGCCAUGCUGAACAUUGCCUUCCUGAAAAUGAAGGACAAGUCAGCCUGCAACCCAGUAAUGUGGUGUCUGGCAAGUGUGUGUGUGCCCACCACACAGCGGGCGAGCACUGCGAGAGGUGUGCCCCGCUCUACAACGACCAACCCUGGAGAGCAGCCAAUGGAAGCAGCGGGGAGAGCAACCCAUGCCAGAAAUGUGAAUGUCACGGCCAUGCAGAGAGCUGCCACUUCUCCCAGCGAGUUUGGCUGUCCACAGGGGGCAGUAGUGGGGGCGUCUGUGACAACUGCCAGCAUAACACUGUGGGCCGCCGGUGCCAGCGCUGUCGCCCUGGAUACCACCGCCACCCUGCCAGACCCCUCAACUCCCCGCAUGCUUGCACACGAUGCUGGUGUGACCCAGUUGGUUCGGUGCCAGUAUAUUUUGGCGACGAGACGCCAUGGUGCCAUCCUAGAAGUGGACAGUGCCACUGUAAACCUGGUGCGGGGGGCACCACCUGUAGCCACUGUCUACCAGGGUACUGGGGCUUUGGAGAGGAGGGCUGCAAACCAUGUGUGUGCCCCUUGACCUGUGACCCCAUCACAGGUCAUUGCCUAGACAGCAAAGGCAGUGUGAAGCUUUACAAUGUACCAAUUGGUGGGAAAAUUCCUGAACUGUCCCACUUUAAACCUCAAGAGGACGAGAGGGCGUGGCCUAAAGAUCUCGCCGUCUCUGCACUGUAUUAUACAGGGAAGUGCAGCUGUAGGGAAAAGAAGCUGAAAAGUGUGGCUGAUCUUUGCAAGAUGAAACAUGCAUAUGUGAUCAAAGCCAGUGUGCUGUCAGCUCAUGAUAAAGGCACACACGCUGUUGUCCUGGUGAAGGUGAGGAAGGUCUUCCGUUCUGGAAAACUGCCUCUCUCCCAGGGCACACACAGUCUGUACCCACUCUCUUGGACCAGCCGUGGCUGCACCUGUCCCAUCCUCAACCCAGGUGGGAAUUAUCUACUGGCAGGUCCUGAGGAAGUGGACUCAGGGAGGCUACUGGUCACCAUGCAGAGUCUGGUAGUCCCUUGGACCCCCAUCCUGGGCUUUCAGGUCACAGAAGCACUGCAUCAGGGCUGCCUAUGAGCACAACUUUACCCAAAUGUACAGUAGCACAACACUAUGGAAGCUUGUUUCUGCCAAGGAAUAAAACAAUAAAAAAGGUAAUUGUGACUUCUCACAAUUCUGACUUUUUUUUUCCUUGCAAUUGUGAGUAGAUAUCUUUUCCCAGAUAUUUAAGAUAUAAACUUGUAAUUGCAACAAAAAAGCCAGAAUUUUAUUCUCUGAAUUGUGAGAUAUAAACUCCCGAGCUGACUUUUUUCCUCAGAGUUCCAAGUUUAUAUCUCACAAUUCGGACUUUAGAAAUCACAAUUGCAAGUUUAUAUUUCUCAAUUUUGAGAAAAAAAGUAAGAAUUGUGAGAUAUAAACUUGCAAUUGUUUUUUUUUUUCUCUCAAUUGCAAGUUUAUAUCCCACAAUUUGGACUUUAUAAUUCGCAAUUGUGAGUUUAUACAGUAUCUUGCAAUUCUAACUUUAUAACUCGUAAUUGCGAGUUUAUGUUUCCUUGACUUUUUUCCCUCAGAAUUACGGGAUUAUAUCUCACAAUUCAGACUUUAUAACUUGCGAGUUUGUUUGGGAAUUCUGAUUUUAUAACUCGCAAUUGCAAGUUUAUAUUUCUCAGUUUUGAGAAAAAAGUAAGAAUUGUGAGAUUGUUUUUUCUCUCAAUUGCAAGUUUAUAUCCCACAAUUCGGGCUUUAUAAUUCGCAAUUGUGAGUUUGUUUCCUUGACUUUUUUUCCCCCUCAGAAUCAUGGGAUUAUAUCUCACAGUUCUGACUUUAUAACUCACAAUUGCAAGUUUGUUUUGAAAUUCUGAUUUAUAACUCGCAAUUGUGAGUUUAUAUUUUUUUCAAUUUUGAGAAAAAAGUCAGAAUUGUGAGAUAUAAACUCACAAUUGCGUAUUAAAGUCAGAAUCGUAAGAUAAAAAGUCACAAUUACCUUUUUUAUUUUCUGGCGGAAACAAGCUUUCAUACAUCACUGCCCAAACUUGAAAGCCCUCACUUGAAAUGAUGCCAUUGUACCAAAGCAGGCAGCUGGAUCCUAAAUGUACCAUGACCACCGGAUGCAACUGAAAAGGAAUGUGGGUAAUUACCAGAAGAAAUAUUCAUGAAGUAGUUGCAUGGCAAAGUGCACUGAAUAGUCACUUAAAAUAAAUAUAAUUGUCAUACAAAACAAGUUGGGCUUAGCUCUUCAAAAACAACUGUUCAUUUAGGAGGCCGUUGUCUUGUGGACGCUGAAUAAUCAAUGCAUAAACUCAGAACAUGGAUAUGGCAUUCAUAAGCCUGAUUGGACUGUUUUUGUACUUAUUCCUCUGUAGUUAUUAUAGUCAUCAAAAGACUCUCUAAAAUAGUUUCUUGAAUAUAUGAAUGGACACAUGAUAAAUAUGAGCCAGUGAAUCCACAAGGACUGCAGGCAGCAGGGCAUUUUUGUGAUUCAUUCAUUCACACUUUUGUAUUUUAUUUGCUUCUUUGCUUAUAACAUUUCAGUUAA